AUGAAAACCAUGCAGGUGUACACCGUGUGCUCUGCACUCUUCUUCAGUGUAUUUCUAAGUGGAGUACUGGGCAAAAAAGUGAAAGAACCCAUUUCAAAGGAUGAGGAAGUGCUGGUGUUGAAUGAAAGCAACUUAAAUCAAGCCCUUCAACAACACAGCCAGUUGCUGGUGCACUUCUAUGCUCCUCUAUCUGGCGAGUCUCUUGGCUCCAUUCUAGAGUUUGCAAAGGCAGCCAGUGAGCUCAACGAAAUCAAAUCAUCUGUGAAACUAGGAAAAUUUGAUGUCUCUAAAGAGAAAGACCUUGCCAAAUCCUUAAACGUAACUACAGUGCCAUCGUUACGACUGUACCUAAAUGGGGACAAGUAUAAGCCUGUUCAUUGUCCAGUUCUGAAGAGCUCUGCUGCAAUUGUAACAUGGCUUAAAAGAAGAGAGGGUCCUAGUGCUGACCUUGUUUCUGAUCUCAACCAGUUGGAGAGCUUCACUGCAGAAGAGGAGCUUGUGGUUCUAGGAUUAUUUAAGGAUGUUGAGACGGGCUUAGCAAAGGUUUUUUUCGAUGUGGCGGCUGACAUUGCGGACCUGCCUUUUUGUGUAACAGGAAGCAAGCACAUCUUUAGCAAGUACAAUAUAUUUGAUGACUCAGUUGUGCUUCUCAGAAAGUCAAAAAUGGCCGAAAUAUUUGAGAUGACAAGCAACACGGUAAAAGAGGAUGUCAUUCACUUCAUUAGAGUCCAUGAGAUGCCUUUGGUGACUGAGUACACUGGCGAGACAUCAGCUAAGAUACUAAACUCUGUGGUGCAGAAUCAUUUGGUUUUGUUUAUUGAUAAAGCUGAGAAAGGAUUCAAGCAAAUAUAUCGUGCUUUUAAAUCUACUGCGAAAGAAUACAGAGGCAAGGUUCUUUUUGUGCUGAUCAACGUGGGUGAACCUCGGAACGGACGCAUAUUGGAGUAUUUCCGUGUAAGGAUUGAGGAAUCACCACUGGUCCGCAUGGUUAACUUGUCAGACAGUGUACAAUAUCAAUUACCUUCAGAUCGACUGGAUAUACAAACAAUUACUGACUUCUGCCAGAGUUACUUUGAGGGGAAUGCUAAACCAAAGCUACAGAGUGAGCCAAUCCCUGAUGGCUGGGAUGAGCAGCCUGUGAAAGAGUUGGUGGGGAUGAACUUCGAAAGGGUUGCUUUCAAUGCAAACAAGAAUGUUUUAGUUCUUUUCUAUGCCCCAUGGAGUUCUGAGAGCCGAGCACUGUUUCCUUUGUUUGAAGAACUUGCGAAACACUACAGUGACACUGAGGAUGUAGUAGUUGCCAGAAUUGAUGUAACUGCCAAUGAUGUAAACAUUCGCAUGGUAGACAAAUAUCCGAUCAUUAAACUGUUUCCUGCAGUUUAUGCCGAAAGGGUAAUGUCAUAUUCUGGCCAAACCAAGCUGGAACCAAUAGCUGAGUUUGUGAAUGCAGAAAGAGCACGAGCCAAGGAAGAUAAGGCCAAGGAAGAGAUAGAAAGAAAGAAAUAUCUGGAUGCACAGCAAGCAGCAGCUAAAGAAGAACUAUAGCACACACCCAACACACUUACAAACAUGCACUCACACCCACCCAAACACCCAC